AUGGGUAUCGUUGCAGUAGCAGGUGGUACCGGCGAUGUCGGUCGGACUAUCGCUGAGCAUCUGGUCGGGUCUGGAAAGCACACUAUAUACAUACUAUCCCGCAAGCUAAAGCAAGGUGAAUCGCCUGUCCCUGGCGCUAAGCUUCUCGUUAUCGACUAUAACGACGCGGACGCUAUUGCGGCAACUCUCGACGCCAAGGCCGUUGAUACUGUUAUCUCUGCACUGGGACAUGGUUUAGAGGGGCAGCUGAAGCUAAUUGACGGGGCGAAGAAGGCUCUGAGUACUAGAAGAUUCAUUCCAAGCGAGUAUGCAGCGUAUACUCCUCCUGACGCCGAGGAGAAUGACUUCACCAUUGAGGUCUUACGCGCAGUAGAUGCACUCCGCGAGUCAGGUUUGCAGUAUACACGCUUUGCUAUUGGCGUCUUCAUGGAUUACUUUGGCAUCCCCAACAUUCCCUCCCACCUUAAGCCUUUUGUCUGGGGUGUUAACAUUGCUAAACGCCGUGCUGCAAUACCUGGCUCCGGCGAUGAAAUCUUAUCUAUGACAUACUCAAAGGAUGUCGCUCGGUUCAUCGAACGCCUGCUCGAGGACGGAGAUUGGCCUGAGUAUAGCAUUGUCUCAGGAUCCGAUACGUCAUUCAACCAGAUCCUCACUCUUGCUCAGGAGUAUACAGGCAAGUAUGGACGGGAGCUGAAAAAAGAGAACAAGAAGCUAACGUCACCACAGGUGAAGAUUUCAGCGUAA